AUGUCAUACGUCACUUUGGCUCAGCAGGGUCUCGCCUCUGUAGAGGCUCGCAACUGGGAAGACGCCCUAGAUAAGCUCUCCACGGCGCUCAAAGAAUCUCCCAACCCAGCGUGGCUGAUUGCCCGCUCAAAGGCCUUGGCUGGACUUGGCCGACCCCAGGAUGCCCUCGACGAUGCCGACCUGGCCUGGCACAAGGCCUUCGAACGAAACAAGCGAGACCUCAUGGCGACCGCUCAGUACCGUCGCGGCGUGGCCUAUUUCCAGCUGAAGCAGUAUGCCAACGCCGACUACUGCUAUACGCACUGCAUGAGACUUCUUAAGGGUGGUCCAGCGAUGCCUAAGGAGGAUCCUGGCUUGGAAUUUGUAGAUAAGGAUGGGUUCUGGACCGUGACGGCCGCCGAGGCAAUGGAUGCUGCCCGCCACCAGGACAUUUCCAAGAAGGAAGAUGGCUUGCAACAAGCUAUGAGCAAUAGUCUUGCUGCCGAUAAGGAUAGGUCACACUUUCGCGAGUGGCGGAUGGCUAGUAACAUGCGAAUCCAGGCCCUGUCGGCUAUGGAGAAGCUGCCGGAGGAUGAUGCCGCUAGGAAGUUGACGAUAUCAUUGAUUCCGGAUGAAAAGGACCUCGCCAUUCACCUGUCUGGCAGGCCUGCAGAGGUUGAAGCAGCACCACGCGUGAUUCCCGAAGACACCCCGCUCCGCUUGCAAGAGUUCCAGAGCAAGACACACAUGUCGGUUUCGAUUUUCUCAAAGGGCGUUAACAAGGAGAAGCUCCAGGUGCAGUUUUCCGAAUCUUCGGUCCAUCUGGAUUCUCUUGUCUUUCCAAACGGCGACGAGAGGGAGUUUCAACUGGACCUUUGGGGAGAAAUCUUACCUUCCAAGUCCACGUAUACCGUUACACCCAACAAGGUUGAACUGAGCUUGGCCAAGAAGAUACCUGGCAAAUGGGCGGCUCUCAAAGCUGAUGAGUCCUCCAAGCAAGCACCAGUGUCCAAGCCACAGGUAGUUGAAGCAAGUUCCGAGACUGCCCCAGCUGCGGCUCCGGUUGUAGCUCCGGUUGCAGCUUCGGCACCAGCCUAUCCCUCGUCUUCACGCAGUGGUCCUAAAAAUUGGGAUCAGGUCGGGGAGGACAACUCGGAUGACGAGAAAGAUGUCAACCUCUUCUUUAAGAAACUGUACAAGGGUGCCACCCCUGAGCAGCAGAGGGCGAUGAUGAAGAGCUUCACCGAGAGCAAUGGAACCUCUCUGAGCACGAACUGGGACGACGUCAAGGAUAAGAGAGUCGAGACUGUCCCCCCUGACGGAGUCGAGGCAAAGAAGUGGUAG